AUGGCACAGGAAUCACAGGAACCCUCUUUCCAUUACUCGAUUCUAGAGCGUCUAGGAAUUGGUUGGCGGGACAGCGUCUGUCAGUCCAACGAGAAGCGCGUCAAAGAGUACGAUCGUCAGCUCGAGGAGGCUCUGGAGUACGAGGAGGAAUACUUAAAACAGUGGCGCAAUCGUGAUGACAGCUUGGAUGUGGUGCUCGCACGGCGCUCCUACGAGAAGGGUUUUGCCACAGACAACGGGAAGACACAGCUGGCUGUAUCCAUACCGAUCGAGGAGCCACUGCAAAGCUUACUAGCCGAGGCAAGAGAUGAUGUGGUCAACUGCGUGUUGCUGCUAUCAGGCAUGCACAGUCGGAGUGAGGCAACCGACGCUGAAAACAGCAGCACAUGGAUUCCAGAAGUGGCCCACAUUCCGCAAAAGGACAUGCACAUAACUGUUUGCAUUCCCAGUCUCUGGAGAGAGCCGGACGCGGACCCGAAAGCACACGCCGAGUACAACAGUCAAGUCAUUAAGGCGCUGGAACAUGUCGCAGCAGACCAUGAGGCUUUCGUGCUGGAGGUGGACCGGAUAAUGCUCGCCAAAGACGGAUCCCUGCUGGCUUUGUUUCGGACCGUGGGAACAAGUGACAGCGACAAGGGCCUGCGUGAACCUGGCGUGCUGAGCGAUCGUGCCAGUGCGGAGAUGGAUCCCAUGACGGCGCUGAGAACCGACGUUUUAUACGUCUUCCUAGAGAAGAAGCUGUCUCACGUUCAACGAAAAGACGAGCUGGAUCUUGCGGCGGUGCACGAGCAUCCCAAGCUUUUAAGACAAGCGACCAUCGUGAGAACAGUCGGUGGAUCUGCGCAUGGUUACGUGCACUGUUCCUUGAGCCGACUGGCCUUGGGACCCGAACUCACGAAGAAGCAACUGGACCUCAAGCAUCUUCACCGGAUCUGCAGGUCGUGGACUGCAAAACUUGCAGGACGUCGGAUGGCUGUGCGCGGUUUCAUCUUGAGCGAGAUGACUGGGCUAGGUGAAGGCGGCAAUAAGAAUCCAUUCGACAAAGCGAGAUGGUUGCAAGGCAUCAGUCUCAACAACAAGGAAGGCUUCCUCGCUGUCAGAAGGUCUUGGCUGCAUGCGCUCGGAGGAUGUUUUCCAUGGUGCUCAUGA